AUGGCAUCCUUGAAAGGUACUGACAAAGUGUUAGAAAAGCUUAAGGAGUCAGUUGAAAAUGGGAAUUAUUAUGAGGCACAUCAGAUGUAUCGUACCGUCUGUAGAAGAACAUAUUUAUCACUCCGUCUUGUUCUUUUGUUAUGCUCAGAAACUUCUAAUAAACAUCUUCUGUAUUCUGGUGCGCAAACUUUGCUUAAACAUAAACAAACUGGCAGUGGAGUAGAUUUAUCAUUGUAUUUAAUUGACGCGUACAAUGAUGAGGAGAUGGCUGUCAAUGACGAGUCACGAGCUCGGAUUAUUCAACUACUAUUACUUUUCCCGUCGGAUGAACCUGGUCGAAAAAGGUUUAUUGAUUCAGCGGUCAGAGCGUCAAAUCACCUACAUUUUUCUCAUAUUAGCUGGUCUGUUAAAUUUGGUGAAAAUCCUGCUGGCGAUCCAGAACUUCAUCAUUUCGUCGCUGAGUUAUUAUAUAAAGAUAAAAUGUAUUCUGAGGCUGAGCCUCAUUUUCUUGCGGGGACAGCAGAGAGUAGUAAAGUAUAUGGGAGAAUGUUGGCGGAAUGGUCUAGUCAAGAUCAUCCAUCCAAAAUAGGCGCCUAUAUUGCUCGUGCAGUAUUGCAGUAUCUUUGUCUGCGGAGCAUUCGCGAUGCAAAGUUUGCAUUUGAAUCUUUCAUCGCGGACUUGACCGAGAAAGUUCCGGAACUAAAAGCUGGAACAGCACAAUACAAUCCAACGAUAACCGGAGAUGCCGUUGAUGUGACGAUUUACUUGUUGCCUCUGCUGAAUUUUUUACAAUUAUUGAUCCUUACAGUACAAAGAGAAGCAAGUGAUUUAUUUGGAGAGUUACGAAACAGAUAUAAAAGUGUCUUAUCUGUUGAGCCUUCCUUCGAAGAUCUUUUAAAUAAGAUCGGGGAAGUAUUUUUCAACAUACGUGUACAACGACCACAACAAUUUAAUAUCUUUCAAGAUCUUGUAAACAGCUUAUUCACAUCAGGACCUGGAACACCAUCAGCUGGUGGUACCCCGUAUGCAAGAGUUAAUCCUCAAGGCGAAUUGGAUUAA